UUAAUUCUGUUACACUUUGUUUAACCAAGUAAAUUCCUUAAAGCUUUGUUAAAAUAUUGUCCCUCUUAUUUUCCUUACAAUUUAACAACUUGGCUGGAAGAAUAUUAGUGGGGAUGGAUUCGGGGGUACUCUCUGAUGCCACCAUUAGAUGGAGAGCGUGUAGAGAUGUUGAGAGACGACUCAAGGAAAUCAGGACCAUGCACACUGAAAGAUUUGCUUCCCAGUGUUGCAGUCAGGAAAGACAGACUGAAUGUAGAGAUAGAGUAGCUGAGGCAGUCAUAGAAAAUAGUGGGAGUGACAGAGAGGAGGCUGGAGGGUUGUUGGAGGAGGACAUGUAGAGAUAGACACAUCACAUUUUAACCAGCAGUCCUUUUCAAUGGAUGUGCCUGAGGAGGAGAGUGACUCGGACCAGGAUACAGAUGAGACAGUGGAUCAGUCAUGUAAUCUAGGGGCCAGUCUUUAUAACUGGGCAUUAACAUUUGGAGUUUCCCUAGUGGCUCUCACGGCUCUUCUUGGUUUGUUAAGAUCGUACCAUCCUGAUCUUCCGAAGGAUGCAAGAACCCUCCUUAAGACAAAGAUUACUCACAACAUACAGGAAAGAUGUGGAGGACUAUAUUAUUACAUUGGCAUCCUGUCAUCUUUCAAACAGAAACUGUACCGGGCAUGUGAGUCAAUCACUAAUGGCUGUACCUUAAAACUACAGAUCAACAUCGAUGGGUUUCCUUUGUUCAAAAGUAGUGGGAUUCAGGUGUGGCCCAUUUUAGGACUCCUCGUAAGUGUUCCAAUUAAGGAACCAGCUGUGAUUGCAUUGUUCUGUGGACCACAUAAACCAAAGCCAGCAGAUAUAUUUUUGAGAGACUUUGUUGUUGAGUUGAAAGAGUUACAGAAUGGCAUUGAUUUCGAAGGCAAAAGGAUUUUCUUUAAUUGGAUUCUGUAAUCUGUGAUGCCCCUGCCCGGGCUUUUAUAAAAAAUAUUAAGCCUCACAAUGGCUAUUUUGGAUGCGACAAAUGUGUGCAGAAAGGGCAGUAUGUGGGAAGAAUGACAUUUCCUUUAAUCACUUGUCCAUUGAGGACAGAUGAAUCAUUUGCAGAAAAACACGAUGAAGAACAUCACCUAGAUGGCCCUAACACUUUCCAUGACUUAAGUAUAGUGAUGGUAUCUCAGUUCCCAGGUGAUUAUAUGCAUUCUGUGUGUUUGGGUGUUGUAAGGAAACUUCUGAACAUUUGGCUUAGGGGGCCUCUCAAAUUCCGCUUACCCGCCAGCAUUGUCAACCAGAUGUCUGAUUGUUUGACAGGUUUACGCGAUCAUAUUCCAGUGGAAUUUGCCAGGAAACCCAGAACACUGAGGGAACUUGAUAGGUGGAACGCAACAGAAUUUAGGAUGUUUUUAUUGUACAUUGGGCCUGUCAUUCUGCCUUCCUACCUGGACACAAACAUUUACAAUAAUUUCAUGCUGCUGUUUUCUGGCAUUGCCAUUUUAGUCAGCCCAACACUGUCUUCAUUGUACUGCCAGUAUUCUGAGACAUUGUUGCAGAUGUUUGUGACCCAUUUUGGCCAAAUAUGUGGCAAGGACUCACUUGUGUUCAACGUUCACUCAUUAGUUCAUCUUGCACAGGAUGUAAGGCUGCAUGGUUGUCUGGAUAACAUUGCAGCCUUUCCCUAUGAGAACCACCUUCAAAUGCUCAAAAAACUUGUCCGAAAGCCUGAACGUCCACUUGCACAAAUUAUACGUCGGUUGUCUGAGAAAACUACUUGUCAGACUGAUCAAAUGUCAUACUCUUUAAAAAGGCCUCACUUUGUUGGACCUGUUCCUGAUGAACUUGCCUUUAGAGGGGUUCGAGGGCAGUACAGCCAAAUGAUUACUGACCAAUGGACUAUCAAAGUUUCAACAGGGGAUAAUGUGUUCGUCAUUGCAGAUGAAAUUUGUAUGAUUGUUAAUAUUGUUGAGUGUCAUGAUGGAAUCUAUGUUGUAUAUAGAAACUUUUCAGAUAAGUCCACCUUUUUUACAUAUCCCUUUAACUCUGACUUCCUAAAUAUUUAUAGCGUCUCACAAGUGUCAGAACAGUGCAUGUAUGCCAAAGUUUGUACAGUUAAGCAAAAAUGUGUCCUAGUCCCCCACAGAAGAGGUUUUGUAACCAUACCAAUUCUGCAUAGCCUAAAGAAGUAGAUGAACUGGUUUGCUAUAGUGGGGUAAGUUGUGGUUAGUUGAGUCGUCUUAAAACAUCAUUCUACACUGAACAUCGACGUACUAAGUACAAGAUGUUUCAUGUUGUUCAGUACUUUGAUGCAGCAAAGUCUGUGGCGGUAGUACCUCAGUCAUGGUACAGUGCUGGUUUCACCCUCUGGCCAAAUUACACAAGUGAUGAGCGGAUCAAUAAAGCUGUGCGGUGUGCAGAGGUACCAGGACAGAACUGGACAAGGCAUCCUGUCAGAGUUUUGAAGACAUAUGAUGACUACAUGUCAGCUUGGCGUGGUAUGAAAAAGUCUUUGACCUGUGACACAUCUGAGUUGGAUUCACAUGAUGAGGAUUCACCGGUUGGCCGUGUUAAGAGAACACCUAACCCAGUCCACUAUUAUGGUGAUACAGAAGAGGAGAGUGACACUGAGUGUGUUCCUAAAAAAAAGGCCAUAUCCCAAAAAGGCUCAACUCCAGUAACACACCCUCAGCAGUCAUCAGCAUCCCCAUUGUCAUCACGAAGCAAUGCACCCUCUACAAGGCCAUCUUCCUUUGCUGCACCUCCACUUCCACCACAGCCACCUCCAGGGCUAUUUUCCAUUGCUGCUCCUCCACCACCACCUCCAAGGCUAUCUUCCACUGCUGCACCUCCACCAUCACCAUCUCCUCCAGGGCCAUCCGCUCAUGCUGCACCUCCUGAGCUCCCUCCUCCUGAGCCGACACUCACAGAGCUGACCUCCUUCGUGACUUCUCAUACAUCAUCCUUCCAUCCACCACCUCCUGGGCUGUCCUCGUUUGCACCACAACCUCCACUGCCAUCUUUUGAACAUUUCCAUUCAUCUCAGUCCACAAAUCCUUUGGAAACUGCCUCGGAAGUGUUCAUGCCCACUUUAAGAGCUGGCCAGUCUGGGAAGGAGCCAAUUCCCUGCACACCUGCCGAGCUCCACAUGCUCACUCUUUUGGAGAACCUAAAACACCAGCUUAACCAACAAAGUUCUGUGAUGAAUCUCCUCAUGUCAUGACUGAAUGCUGCACGUGAACCAGCAUCAGAGAUGCCAGACGACAUCACCUUUCCUUUGAGUUCACUGGCUGAGGUGGACUGUUUUGAGGACUGGCUCAAUGACCCAGCGAAUGCUAUGAAGAAGAAACAAAUGGUCGCUGUGCUGGCCUCUCUUGGGGGACGUGACAUAAAGCAUGUCACCUGGAAUAUCCUGGCACACAUUUUUUCAUCUAGUGUUGCCAAACAGAUAAAUUGGAAGGGAGUUAAUAAUAAAAAGAAGUUCAGCGAGAUGGCAACCAAGGCUCUCCUCGCACGGGCUGUGCGCAAGAACCAUCAGGGGGAAAAGGCAACGGACAUGGAAAUAAACCACCAUUCCAUCAGGUGGUUUAAUUUGGCUUCUGACCGUGGGGGUGGCCGUAGACAACGGUCACAACAAACUAUGUCCCAAUGAACUAUUCCUAAGUGCCCAUUCUGGACUGUUUGACUGUUUGACACCCUUGUGACUGUGCCGGUGGACUGUUCCUAAUGGUAAUGUUUCCUCUGUGGUUCGUGCUCAGCCUCAGCUUGCAUGCAUGCAUAUGUGUGGGUAAUUCUGACAAGCUGUUUGGUGUUUUCAUGUACAUGUAAGUUUGACAAAGAGCUGUUUGGGUUUUAAAUGUACAUGUAAGUCUGAUGGAGAGAGCGGUUUGGUGUUUUUAUGUACAUGUUGUUCUGACAGAGAGCUAUUUGGUUUUUUACAUCUAAGUCUGACAGAGCUGUUAGGGUUUUAAAUGUACAUGCAAGUCUGACAAAGAGAGUAGUUUGGGUUUUAAAUGUACAUUUAAGUCUGACAGAGAGAGCUGUUUGGUGUUUUCAUGUACAUGUAAUUAUGAAAAAGACCCUGUUGAGUUUUACAAGUACAUGUAAGUCUGACAAAGAGAGCUAUUUGG